AAACCGAAAGGAAGAGAGAGACGUCACAGCUGUCAGCAAUGUGACAAAUCCUUUACAAUAUCUGGACAUUUAAAGCGCCACCUGCGUGUUCAUACUGGAGAAAAACCGUACAGCUGUGAAGAGUGUGGGAAAACGUUCACUCAAUCUGUUAAUCUCAAAACACAUCAACGUACUCACACUAGAGAAAAACCUUACAGCUGUGAAGAGUGUGGGCAAACUUUCACUACAUCAAGUAAUCUCAAAACACAUCAGCGUAUUCACACGGGAGAGAAACCAUAUUGGUGUGAAGAGUGUGGGGAAACGUUCACUACAUCAGGUGCUCUCAAAAAACAUCACCGUAUUCACACGGGAGAAAAGCCGUACAGCUGUGAAGAGUGUGGGAAAACUUUUACUCAAAAUAUUGUGCUCAAAACCCACCAGCUCAUCCACACUGGAGAAAAACCAUACAGCUGUGAAGAGUGUGGGAAAACAUUCACGACAUCAGGUGCUCUCAAAAGACAUCAACGUAUUCAUACUGGAGAAAAACCUUACAGCUGUGAAGAGUGUGGGAAAACAUUCACAACAUCAGGUGAUCUCAAAUCACAUCAACGUAUUCAUACUGGAGAAAAACCGUACAGCUGUGAAGAGUGUGGAAAAACUUUUUCUCAAAGUUCUAACCUUAAACUCCACAAGCGAAUCCACACUGUAUAGUUUUGAACGACUAUGAGAGCCAAGCUAGCUGUUUCCUCCUCCUGAUGUCCUGAGAGCUGUAUUGUCAUAUUUUAAGAGUCUUUCUGAAUUGAAGUCUGACUUACAGUUUUUUAUGUUCUAACCAGCGCUCACACUAUGCCAACACAAGGCCACAGAGAUGCUGUGUCUCCCGAAUUAAUUAACCUUUUAAUGGUUCCUGACUUAUAAAGAAAUGUUUUUCUAUGCUGUAUUUCAACCAUGGUAUUGAUUUUCUUUUUUUAUAUUAUAUCUCAACUGCUAGCCUCGUUAGGCUGCAUUGAAGGAAUUUAGUUUCACUGUUCAUUAAUCUGCAUAGUAGUUUCUCCAAUAAUCUGUUUAGUUAAUAAAAUGUUGUGACUUUA